AUGGCAGUCUUACUUACCAAAUUGGCCAUUAGUGAGCGCAAUCCUGAGCUGCCAGACGGCCUCUUCAGCUGGAUCAGCACCUUCUCAAAGAUCCCUGAUGUCUACGCUCUCAAGCAUCAAAGCUUAGACGCUUACCUCUUCCUCCGUUAUCUUCGCGUCUGCACCACUAUCUGCUUCGUUUCUAUGUGCAUAACUUGGCCUAUUCUUCUUCCCAUACACGCCACGGGCGGUAACGGCAAGUCCCAACUUGAGGUCAUUUCCUACAGUAACAUUAAUAUCGAGACCAACAAGAACCGCCUGUUCGCUCAUGCGCUGCUUGCGUGGCUUGUCUACGGGUUUGUCAUGUACAUGAUCACACGAGAAUGCAUCUUUUAUAUCAACAUCCGCCAAGCAUACCUUUUGAAUGACCAGUCAACUAGCCGGCCAUCAUCACGAACAGUGUUAUUUACAUGUGUUCCUGAUGAGUAUCUUAAUGAGACCCGGAUUCGUGAGAUCUUUGGCACCGAUGUGGUGAGGGACAUUUGGCUCGGUGGGAAUUCACAGAGCCUUGACAAGCUUGUGCAGAAACGAGACCAAGUGGCUAUGAUGCUCGAAAGGAGCGAGGUAACAUUGAUCAAGAGGGUCAACAAGCACCGCACAAAAAUGGCUAAGAAAUCUGCUGAAUCUAUAUCUACCUCCUACCAAUACCACGACCAAGAAAGACAGGAUACAUUCGCUGAGCAUAUCAACGCGCUGCGUCCAUCUCACCGUCUUGGUCCCUUGGGCCUGUUUGGAAAAAAGGUUGAUACGAUAGACUGGUGUCGAUCUAAACUAGAAACACUAAUUCCUCUGUCGGAAGCUGCCCAGGAGAUGUGGCGAGAUGGGAAUUUCAAGAAGAUACCCGCCGUCUUUGUUGAAUUUCAGAAGCAGUCGGACGCUGAGACCGCCUUCCAAGUCGUCACGCACCACCAUGCGUUGUCUAUGGCACCAAAGUAUAUUGGGAUUCGACCUGAGGAAAUUAUAUGGACCAAUAUGACAAUUCCAUGGUGGCAGCUCCUUAUCCGCGAGUAUAUUGUAUAUGCUGUUAUUGCUGCGUUAAUCAUAUGGUGGGCGAUCCCCGUCGGUAUCUUCGGUAUCAUUGCGCAAGUCAAUGUUCUUCAAUCACUCCCGGGUUUGACGUGGAUCAAGGAUAUACCAGACAAAAUACUCGGUGUCAUCUCUGGUCUUUUACCUUCUGCUGCCCUUGCGUAUAUCAUGUCACUGGUGCCAGGCAUCCUGCGCUUUUGCGCCCGUUUCUCCGGUCUAGUCUCACGCGCCGAGAUUGAACUGUUCACCCAGAGCGGCUUCUUCAUGUUUCAGCUGGUCCAGGUGUUCCUAAUACGAACCAUUACCGACACAGCGGCGACGGCCAUCAUCCAGAUUGUGCAAAAUCCAACACGAGUCUUUGGUGUGUUGGCCGAGGCGCUCCCAACAUCAUCCAACUUCUACAUGGCCUACUUCAUUGUCGAGGGUCUCGCCAUUGCGGUCGAUGUCACAACCCAAGUUGUUGGGUGUUUGGUGUUCAAUCUAGUCUAUCGGCUUUUCUUACGGACGCCUCGCUCCAUGUAUAAGAAGUGGACAACGCUGACGCCAAUUUCAUGGGGCGGUACUCUACCCAUUUACACGGGCAUAGUCGUGAUCAGUAUCACUUAUGCUGUCAUUGCUCCUUUUCUGCUUAUCUGGUCGACCAUUGGCAUCGGGAUUUUUUAUCAAUCCUACAGAUACAAUGUGCUAUUUGUUGCCUCUGUCGAGGUAGAUACUCGCGGAUUAAUGUACCCAAAAGCUCUCAAGCAGUUGUUUGCAGGUAUCUAUCUCGCCGAAGUCUGCCUCAUCGGCAUGUUCCUCGUCAGCAAAGCCUUCGCGCAGGCCGGACUCAUCAUCGCCCUCCUUGUGUUCUCGAUUCUCUAUCAGAUCUCUCUUGGCAGGGCUUUGAACCCUUUGCUGUACAAUAUACCUCGCACAUUGCAAGCAGAGGAAGAGAAGGCCAAGCGAGCCCAUUCAUUCGCUACUGGAGAACGCCCGAAGCUAAAUCAAGGCUGGACCAGUCAGACAUUGACGAGCCGAACACGCCCCAAGCCAAGGAAGAUCAACUCAUAUCCCAGUGACAAGAAAGUCCAAAAGCAGGGCGGGUCCUUUCUCGUCAAGUUUCUCAAGCCCUGGGAAUUCUCGGACUACUGGACGCUGCGCAAGCUGAUGGUUCACAACAACAUCUUUGAAGUCCCCAUCCCCGAGGAGUCUUCUGGAAACUCCUCAUCUUACAGUCCCUACUGGCCUCCAUCGGUAUCAAGCCCCGUUCCUCUGCUCUGGAUUCCGGAAGACGCCGCAGGUGUGUCAAAGCGAGAGAUUGCACAGACAAGCAAGGUGAUCCCAAUCACAGAUGAAGGGUGCACACUAGACGAAAAGAACAAGAUAAUAUGGGAUACUGCCAGUGCACGCCCUCCCAUAUGGGAAAAAAGAGUAUACCACUAG